AUGGCUACGACGGAGGCCGCGCUGCAGCCCCAUGAUCGCCCCGAUCGUGUGGGCCGCCGCCGCCCCUUCUCUACCUGGGUCAAGAAGCUCACGAACUUCAAGGGUUCUUCCUCGAGCGACGGAACCGGCGUCCGCCUCCCUACUUCCAAGCGCCAGCAGGCCAAACUCCACCCCAAAUUGCGAGCCUCCAAGAACAACAAUCCCUAUCCCCAGUCGGGUCGGGUAGGCUCGGCCAGCCAUGCCGACGUUGAUGUCGAUGUUGAGACCAGCUCCUAUUCAUUCUCCACCGCCCUCAGCGGAAGCGCAACCUCGAUCGAACGGUCGUCCCGCAUGUCGUCCGAUGAUGACCGCGCCCCAAAUACCGCCGGCGCAAGAUCCAUGGCCCCUACGAUGUCAACGGACCAUGAUGGGACCCAUUCAGCCCCGUCCCACGGCCCUCCCUCAGUCGCCGGCACGAGCCGAACCGUUGGCGGCGUCGAGUCUCGCAGGGGAGGAGACAGCACCUUCUCGUCGCCCGCGCCCUCCGUGCGAUCCCUCACAACAACCUUGACCACCAUCCAGUCCAUGGCGCCAAACAACGGAGGCACCCACAUGCCAACGAACACGACCAACCACGGCAACCACACCUCGCACCAGGGUCACACCCAGUCAAUCCACUUCAACCAGCCCUUUCCCACAGCCUCGCCCGCCUCCGCCAUUCCCGCCCACCUUGCACCCGCAACGGCGGGGUCUAGCAGUCCCACGACGUACAUGACAGCAACUGCCAAUAACCUUCUCACCGAUAACGCAUCCAUCAUCACUUUGGCGUCGUCGUCUCAACGUCGUCGUCGGCGUUCGCUUGACACGGAUGCCUCGGUCCGCGCUUUGGCCCCCUCGUCGCUCUGGGGCGGCAGCCGGGAGAGCCUCCCCCUUAGCGUCCUCAGCGCCAACAUCGAUCAGGGCGCGGGCAUGCCGACGACCCCGGGCCUCCAUCAAAGCACCUCGCGCAUCGCCAAUGCCGAGCGCACCAGCAUCUACUCGGCCACUGGUAUUGCGCCUGCUACCAGCUCUUACCCGAAGCAGAGCGGUGCCGGAGACGGAGCGAGCAUCCGAAGCGGGCUUUUGGGACACGGCCGGGCGGACAGCAUCAACGGCAGCAUAGGUGGCGUGACAAGCCCGCUGACCAGUCCGCAGGAAGCGUCAGAAAAGGACGAUGCCGAGGACGAAGGCGAGGGCUCGAGUCGGGCAAGGAAUGACGAGGAGCGCUGA